GGAGACUUCGCCGCCGACACAUAGACAGUUUCCAAGUCGAAGUUCACUCACUCCCCGGCUAGCUCCACAGAAUGCAGUCGGCGGCGCUGCUGCUCCUGCUGGCGGCGUCACCGUGCGUGGGCGGACGCAACGACCUCUACUACAACAGCUCCCUGCCGGCGCCCCAGCAGCACUUCAAGUUCCUCUUCCUCCUGCCGACGCUGGAACACAGCCACACGUGGGCGGUGGCGCCCCUGGCAGUGGCGCUGGCACGCAGGGGACACGAGGUCUCCAUGUUGUGCGAGGAUCCAAACAUCUUCGAUUUCCCCAACGUUACUUGCAUCUACCACAACGUUAAGCUGCAGGAACUAAAGCCCCUGAAGUAUGGUGAAGAAAGUAACUUCAUCACAGAAACUUUGGAGGCGCUCAACAUGCUCGACAAAAUUGCAGACCAGAUGUUCUCUUCGAAAUCACUGCAGGAACUCUACAGAAGGCGAAAAGAAUUCGAUUUGAUCGUAAUUGAGGAUUUCGCAAUGAUAGUGUUGCAUCCUUUCCUCAAAGAGAUGCCGUACGCGCUGUACUCCACGAUCUCGCUCAGCCAGUACCAGAGCGCCCAGCUCGGCAAUGUCCUGAACCCAACCUACGUGGUGGAGGGAUGGUCCUUCAACUUCCCUGACUUCUACUCCUUAUUCAAUCGCUUCAAAAACAUAAUUUGGAAUACACUGAUGUACCUUCAUUUCAGCUUACGGCUUUAUUGCGCCAGUAAAACGGUCGAGGCACACAUCUCCGAUUCAAUCCCCUUGGCUGAAAUAGAACGCAACGCGAGCGUUCACUUCAUCAAUACUAUCUUGGCGCUCGACGGUCCCAUGCCGCUUCUGCCCAACCAGAUCCCCAUAGGCGGCAUUGUGCUUCGCCCACACUCGGAAUUACCCGAGGAAGUGGCCAACUUCCUCGCAGGAGAAGAGCCUGUAGUGUAUGUCAGCUUUGGGAUCUCAACUCUGACAGAUGGCAACAUCUCUCCCAAAAAUAAGAAAAUCUUGUUCUCUGUCUUCUCUGACCUGCCCUACAAAGUAAUCGUGAAGAUUGCAAAGCAGAAGUCAAGGAAGAUCGAUAACGUUCUUUAUGUAGACUCGGUUCCUCAACAGACCAUUUUAGCUCACCCUCGCGUGAAGGCCUACGUAAGUCACUGCGGGCUUGGAGGCACCGUAGAAGCUAUUCACAACGGAGUGCCGAUGGUAGGUCUGCCCGGACUGCUGGACCAAGUCAGAACAGCGCGUCUGCUGGAGAACCACGGCGUUGCAAUUCUGCUCUCGUGGGAUACAUUGACUGAACACAAACUUAAAAGCUCCAUUUUGGAAGUCAUCCAUAAUCCAAGUUACCGGCGCAAGAUGGAGGCGAUGUCUCGUGUGUUCAGAGACCAGUUGGUCUCGCCGCUGGACACGGCGGUCUACUGGACCGAGUACACGGCGAGACACAAGGGGGCGCCGCACCUCCAGUCCCCCGCCAAGAACAUGUCUUAUGUUCAGUUGUUUGCCCUGGACGUGUUGGCUCUCAUUUUGCUUGGAGCGUUCAUCGUGUAUUUCGUUGUAAAGAAAACUUUCGCUGCGCUCUUCCAAUACACGAGCAAAAAUCAAUUAAUUGUUAAGCAGAAGCGACUUUAGUUUAAGUAUUUUUCGAUAAUAAAACAUUUUGCUUGGAGCGUUCAUUGUGUAUUUCGUUGUAAAGAAAACUUUCGUUGCGCUCUUCCAAUACACGAACAAAAUUCAAUUAAUUGUUAAGCAGAAACGACUUUAGUUUAAGAAUGUUCGAUAAUAAAGCAUUUAAUCUG